GUCUUCUUCUUUUUCCAGAUAUUGGAACUACAAUAAAUAAACACAGUAGAACGAAAUACCAAGCGAGAAAAAUUAAUAUAUUGAAUAACAUUCAGGAUAUUUGAUACAAAAUAAUUUGUUUUCUUUGUUUAAGUGAAUCAUAUAAUUGAAAAAAAAAUCAAACACCCUUCAUCUGUUAUCGAUACAUUACUCGCCUUUUCUUAUAUUACCGCACUAUUAAUGAGAAUGGCUGUAUUUUUGGACAGCAGCGCAAAAAUGAAGAAGCACUGUGACAUUUGCUUUAUUAUGGGUUUAAAAUUGUUUUUUCGGUAGCAGAUCACCUACAGGUUGCGUUAUAAAGUUAUAAUGCUAAAAAAUGCACAAAUUUUACUGUCAAAUACAAAGCGUGUGUGUUGCUCCUGUAAAAAAUUUAGCACGGCUGCUGGGGGUAUCUCAAAUUAUGCACAAAGAGCCUUUUUUACUUUCAGUGAUCUGACGAAUAAAAAUCGGGAAUAUGUUAAAAAGGAAUUAAUAGGCUAUUCAAUGCAAGAAAUGUACGCUGUUGUUGCCGACGUUUCCAAUUACUAUAAAUUUGUGCCAUACGUCAAAAAAUCACUUGUACAUAGUCAACGAGAUAGCGGUUUCAAAGCUGAUCUUAUCGUCGGUUUUCCACCUCUUAACGAGCGGUAUACCUCGAAUGUUUCGCUUAAUGCUCCUAAUCUGGUUAAAUCAGUAUGUAAUGAUGGCAGAUUAUUCAACUUUUUAUUAAACGAUUGGCGAUUUAGUCCCGGCCUUAAGGAUAUUCCUCAAUCAUGUGUUGUCGAUUUUAAAGUAACUUUUGAAUUCAAAUCCCUGAUUCACAGCAAUAUUGCGAAUAUAUUUUUCGAUUUAAUUUGUGAUCAAAUGGAGCAUGCUUUUGUCGCGGAAGCUGAAAGGAGAUAUGGACCACCUUCGAUUAAAUCGCAUAUUUUAUCAUGGCGCAGAUCCUGACAAAUGCGAAGUAAAACAAAAUAAAUAUAAGCUUAACUUUAUUAAAGAGCUUUUAUGCUAUUAUUGCCUUAAUGUGUUAAAAGAUUCAUGGAAGCAUUAUAUACAUUUGCAAAUAGUGUACGAUUGUAAUCAUAAGCAUCUAAGAGUUUUGAUAGAUAAUGCACGAACUAUCUCUCAUACAUAUUUUCUUUUUUAUUAAAUUUUUGUUUUAAAACUUUUAAGCCUACUGUAAAUAUACAAAAGUAUUGUGAAACAAAUAUAAAUUCAAGAAAAAUUAUAUAAUGGCUAUGUCAUGGUUUUUAAAAUAUUAAUGCAGAAACGGUGUAAUAUUUAAAUUAGUAGAAAAAUGUUUCAUAUAAAUCUAUGCCCUCUUAAAUUUCAAUUUUUUUUUUUAAUUUUACUUUAACAUAUACUUAAGUAUAUUUCACGAAAAUGACUUCAGAAAAUACUAUUAAUCUGUUUUUAGCCUAUGUAGUUAAUUUUACAGUGCAAUAUUUCUUGAUUCGAAUCAGUUCGGCAGUUAUGGCUUCAAACUAAUUUUAUAAUAACAGUAUUUAAUUUUAUUCAUAUUAUUGCAUUGUUCAAUCAGUUACAUAUUAAAUAAUACAAUGAACAGAAUCGACAUGUACAUUGUCUGUAUAUUUUUACAUAUGUAUGUAAAAAAAAAUAUUUACUAUCGGUCUAGAAAGGUGUAAAUGGCAAGGCGUAAGUUCAACAGUACUACUCAUUAGAAAUGUAAAUCGUUUUAUCAGCAGCAUCGAUUGUGGAACUAGAUAUUAACGAACAACUUCACGCAGGCGCAAACAAAAAUGCGGCGGCGCAUUAAAAUUGCCCCACCUGAUUAAAAUAUUAGCAACUAGUUUCCGAUAUUCCAUAACUGCAUUUCCUCAUAUCAAUUUAAUUGGUAUGAUAUUAAUGUAAAUACGUAGUAUAUAUGUUUGUGUAGUAAUAUCGACGCUGCUCAAUAAACACGGUCUAACAUUCCCAUUACUAAGUCAAUGAUAUUUAACAGUAUAACAAUGCGUAUUUAUUUACUUUAAGAAUGUUACAACCAUAUAAUCCUAUUCGUCUGACUAUUCUACAAAUAAUUACAAAAGUAAAAAAAUACUUCCCUAAGUAUUCAGUUUUUACGAAUUAAUGAUGUUAACUAAAUGUAGACAUUUGUAUGAUAAUUAUAAUUGACAGCAAAAUAAGACAAACUAUGUAAUAAAUGUAAAUAAAUAUGUAUAUAUAUAUAUGUAUAUAUUUAUAUAUUUUUUAUAAAAAAUAUGGGUAUAUGGAAAAAUAAAACAGAUGGAGUUGUAAAGCGUAAACUUUGUAAAGUAUA